AUGCCUACAGAGUGGCCUACCAUCGCUAAACUUGAAACCUUCGUCCCUAGCGCCCAAGGUGCUGGUGGUGAUUACCACAGGCAAGGAAAGGGUCAUUGGAUCAUCCAAGGUGAUAUCUCAUGUCCUAUGCACAAGUACCCAGACUGGAGAGAAUCCAGAGCUAAGUGGGGUAUCGGAGUGCUUGGAUCUCUUUUCGUCAAGAUAACCGCUACUGACGGUACUGUCGGUUAUGCGACUGGUUUCGGUGGACCCCCCGCCUGUUGGUUAAUCGAAGAACAUUUCUCUCGAUUCGUGAUUGGCGCCGAUCCAAGAGAUACCAAUAUGAUUUGGGAUCAGAUGUUCCGUGCAUCCAUGUUCUACGGUAGAAAAGGUCUCCCACUUGCUGCUAUCUCCGUAGUCGAUUUGGCUAUUUGGGAUUUAGUGGGUAAGAUCCGUGGUGAACCAAUUUACAAGAUGAUUGGUGGUCGAACCAAGAAAGAAAUCCCAUUGUAUUUGACUGGACCUCAAUCUGCAUCAGCUAAGAAAUUGGGAUUCUGGGGAUCUAAAGUUGCUUUACCCCAUGGUCCACCUGAUGGAUUGGAAGGUAUAAGGAAAAACGUCGCUUUCCUUAAGAGUAAGAGGGAUGAGGUCGGUCCUGAUUAUCCUAUUAUGGUGGAUUGUUGGAUGUCUCUCGAUGUUCCUUAUACUCUUCAAUUGGUCAAGGCAACUGAAGAUGCCGGAGUGAAAAUCCACUGGUGGGAAGAAGUACUCCACCCAGACGAUUUCGAUGGACACCGAACUCUCAAAAAGGCUUUCCCCCACAUCCUCUUCACUACUGGUGAACACGAAUACUCCAAAUACGGUUUCAGGAAAUUGAUCGAAGAUCGAUCGAUCGAUAUUCUCCAACCUGAUGUGAUGUGGUUGGGUGGUUUGACCGAAUUGAUCAAAGUUGCUGCUAUGGCUGCGGCAUAUGAUAUCCCAGUGGUUCCUCACGGUUCAGGUCCAUACUCUUUCCACGCUAUCAUGUCAUUCCCCAACUCUGACUUCUGUGAAUACAUCGCAAACUCUCCUGAUGGACAUACUGUCUGGCCUUCAUUCGGUAACUUAUUCACCAACGAGGUCCUCCCAGUUAACGGUAAAGUCAAUUUGACCGAUGAACCAGGAUUCGGUCUCGAACUUAACCCUCAAGCUGAAUUGGUUCCUUACUCACACUUCUUCAAACCUACCAAAGGUAUCGGUUAUGCCAGUGAGAAACCUGAAGAAAUCACCCAACAACCAUAA